CAGUAGCCUCGUCAACACGUGCCCACCCCAACGAGAUGGCAGAGGUAAGAUGCAAUAGGACAGCGAUAUCGUCACCGGAAUGCAUAGGAACGCAUUACAAGCUUUCGAGGUUGGAGAGCUGAAAAAAUCCUCACUUUGACUCAAUGCUGCACUUGAGGCUGCCCGUCGGCGGCAGCGAGCUGGACAUUACACGAAUCGAUGUCGGCAUAGUCGGCUGGCAUUCCAGACUCGUCGGCGGUCCACUCACAACCAACCUUCAUGACGAUCUCAUCUUCACAGCGACAGCUAGCAACGUCUUCCCUGCACUCAAUGUUACAGUCGGAUCAUUAGCGUGGAGCAUCCACGACGAUGAUGACCCCAUCAUGACAUUCGACAUGCACAGCGACUCAACUACGUGUCUUGGUCUGGCGUUUCGUAGUCUAAUAAACAUCCUCUGCGGACGUCGUACUGCUCUCUAGACCUGGUGGGUCCACUUUGCGCACGUACGGCACCUCCACAGGCCACCUUCUCCUCGAACGUCGCCUCCACAACCCUGCUGAUAUUCAAACACACGACGUACAACACGCGGUGAUC